ACAGAAGAGGACGAAGAAGAAAGAAAGAAAGAAAGAAAGAAAGAAAGAAAGAAAGAAAGAAAGAAAGAAAGAAAGAAAGAAAAGUUUAUUCUGUCCUGCUGAAAAAGAGACCAACGAAGAAGAAAAAACAAACUUUGGCUCCAGCGCGAGUUUGUUUAUUUCUCUGUGUAGACAGACAGACAGACAGACAGGAGGACAGACAGACAGAGAGACAGAGAGACAGACAGACACUGUGUACCAUCUGUGCUUACUUUUAAACUGGCAGUGAGACACUCAGCUUCUGUCUGUCUGUCACAGAGGACGCAGGAUGGCACCGGGGUGUGUCACCGCCCUCAGCCGGACCUCCUCCGGCGGGCACACAGAGCUCUGACAGCCCGCUGCUGGAUCUGUGUCAGUGAACCCGGACUGAAACAGUGGAUCCAGACCGAAGUGGACUGAAGUGGACCGAGGUGGACUAGCUGGGUUCAAGAUGUCCUCAGAGAUGGCUGUAGGUGUGGUCUUCAGGGUUCUGCUGCCCCUCAGUUUGACUGCAGCCUGUGUGUUGCGGUAUAAUGGAUUCUCUCUGGUCUACGUACUCUUGCUGCUACUGCUGCCACUACUGCCUGAACCAUCCAUCUGCUCCACCUCAGGUAACACGUGUCGCUGUGUGACGGUGGUGUGUGUCUCCAGUUUCCUCUUCCUGUUACUGCAGUGCUUCUUCCAGCUGACCACGGCAACACUGCAGCCAGAGUCCAACUGUACGUCGUGGCAGAAAGCUCUCAGUCAGCUCGGCCUGGUGAGUCUGACAGGAAGUGAUACGGGCUCAGCAGUGAGACAGGUGUUUCCAGAUGUCGGCGUGCUGGUUGUCGGCCUUCUGACCUGGAGGCUGAUCGUAAGACUGAACAGCAACACACACACAGAGCCACUGCAGGAGGAGCUCAGGUUUGAAGAGGACUCUGUGCUCGGUGAGGGUGAGGAGCAGGAUGAGGAGGAGGAAGGCACCAGAAACAGAGUUCUGCUUGAAUUGGAGUUACUGGUUUGUAAAACCAGGCAGAUGGUGGGAAACAUGAUGACCACUGGAGGAAAAGUCCUGCUGACGGCCCUACUGGGACUCACAGGUAUCAUCUUCCCCUCUCUCUCCUCCCUCCUCUACCUCCUCUGCUUCCAGGUAUUGUGUACCUGGUGGGCAUGGUCAGGUCAAGUCCCACCCCUCCUUUUCAGGUGUGUGUCUGUGAUGUCACUACUCUACUCCUCCUCCCAUUUUCUGCUCGUCUACUGCUACCAGCUGCCCUCACUACAGGAGGCGUGGCCUCCCAACCACACCUCUGCCAGUGUGUUUGGCCUGGUCUCAGUGGUCUCGGUGGACUGCGCUGCCCCCUGGAGGCUGCAGGUGAACUCUGAGCUCAGCUGGUUUCACUUCUGCAGUCCUCUGAUGCUGCUGGUGCUCUACAACACUGUGGCCAGUCUGUGGAGGAACCAGCUGAUCGACAGUGAUGGAGGGCGGGACGUAGAAAGGGCAGAGUCAGUGGUCAGCGAGAGCUGUGACAUCAUCACCUCUACCAGUAACUUGAGUGAUGAGGUCAGUGGUGACAUCACAGCAGAGAGACGGAGAGAGUUGUGGAGGCGAGCUCAUGAUCGACCCGAAUGCAGAGACGUGCUGAUGUCCUCAACCAAUGACAGUCUCUCUGACUCUUUUGCCCCGCCCACCCAGAGCACUGCCCUGGGAUUGGAAGUUAGCUCCAUGCCUCACUACUCUCUCAGCCAAUCAGACACUUUGGAAACAUGUGUUUUUGACGGAGACGGCUGGGAGGAUGAAGAGGAGGAGGAGGAGGAUAAAGAGGAGAGGAGGCAUGAGGCGGAAGUCAGUGGUGCCUCCAUGGCUUUCAGUUUCCUCCUCAAACAGAGUUACAUCUGUGCUCUGAUCGCCAUGAUGGCCUGGUCCAUCACAUACGUGUCCUGGUUGACAUGUGUCCUGCUGCUCUGGUCGUGUGUCCUCUGGAUGAUGCGUGAGCGUCGCCAGUACACGUUGAUGUCAUCACCCUGGCUGGUUGCCUACGGCAACCUGCUGGUCAUCUUGCAAUAUGUCUACAGCUUCCCCUCCGUCCAGGAAGUCCCUGGACUAUUCCCGAGAAAAGAUGAUCCCUGCAUGGAGCUUGCCUCAAAGUUGUUGUGUCUGUUGACCUUCUGGCUGCUGCUACGUCAGGCACUGACUGAGAAGAGAGACCGGCAGAAAGACGGACAGACAGACAUGCAGCUGUCCACCAUCACUGUCCACACAGAAGAAGAGCAGCGGGUAGAUGAGGAUCUGCAGGAGAUGAAGAAGAUGGAGGAGGAGGAGGAGGUGUUGUAUGAGGAGGUGCUACUCCUGCACAGAGGAGGAGUUAAGAUGGAAGCGCUGGUUGCCGUGGUUACCAGGAUGUUUGUUAAAUACUGGAUUUACGUCUGCGGGACGAUGUUCUUCUUCGUUAGCUUUGAGGGGAAGAUCGUCCUCUACAAAGUCAUCUACAUGGUCAUGUUUCUGUGCUGUGUCGCCCUCUACCAGUUGAACUACGAGCGUUGGCGUGCCUUGCUCAGAGGUUUCUGGGUAGCUGUGGUGGUUUACUCGAUGCUGGUUCUCAUCUUAGUUUACACCUUCCAGUUCCCCUCGUCACCCCACACCUGGAGCUACUACAGUGGACUCAGCACUCACAGGUUGGAGGACGUUGGUUUGGAGAAGUUCUCAGUUCCUGUACUCUUCACUAAGAUCUUCAUCCCUGCUGCUUUCCUUUUGGUCUGUAUUGUACAUCUACAUUAUUUCCAUGAGCCAUUCCUGCAGCUUACCGACCUGAAAACUGUGGUGGACACACACAACAGCACCAUUACCAGGUUGGUCCACUCUGAUGGUAGCUUAUUCGACCUGUCCUUGGGUGGAGCUCCUCAGCUUCUCCUGGAGGAGGAGAAGACAGAGAGACUGAGAGAGAGAGGGGAGGAGACAGAUAAGAAGUGCAUAAAGGAGGAGGAAGAGGACGAGGAGUACCCCUGUAUGUUUGAUAGGGAAACCCUGUCUGACCCCAUCACAGCGCUCGUCUCCUGGAGGUUGGUGGUGGACCGUCUUUCUGUUUUGUUCUUGCGCCUCCUCCUGUCCCUGCAGCGUCUGCAGCACCUCCUCUGGUGGCUCCUGGAAUUACACAUUGUCAAGAUCGUCUCCUCCUACAUCAUCUGGGUCUCUGUGAAGGAGGUGUGUGUGUUUAACCUGCUCUUCGUGCUGUGCGUUGCCGUGGCUCUGCCCUGCAGGGCGUGGCGCCCCCUGCUGUCAGCAGUCUGUACAGUCUGGACCUGCGUGGUGACCGUCUGUAAGAUGUUGUACCAGCUCAAUGUCGUCCAGCCAAUCCGAUACUCCUCCAACUGCACCAUGCCAGGUAACUCCAGCACCGACCUGUCUCACUCUGCUCUGUACUCUGGUCCAGUUGACCCUGCCCAGUGGGUGGGGCUUCGCAAGACGGACGGGAAACUGCUUGAUUACCUGAGGUAUAACCUGAUGAUGUUAGCACUGUUAGCCUUCGAGGUGACAGUUUACAGACAUCAGGAGCUCUACCGGCUCCGCCGUAACAAAGUCCCGCCCACAACCAGAACACUGUUUCAUGACAUCACUAGGCGUCACCUGGACGACAGCGUGCUAAACUGCGUCAAGUACUUCCUCAACUACUUCUUCUACAAGUUUGGACUGGAGACAUGCUUCUUGUUGGCCGUGAACGUGAUUGGUCAACGAAUGGAUUUGUUUGCUGUCGGCCACGCCUUUGGUCUCAUCACUGUCCUAUCCCGUCGCAGCAGGAAGUGCAUUGCAUUGGUGUGGCCCAAGUACUGCUACUUCCUGUCGGGGCUGUUGUGUUUCCAGUACCUGCUGUGUAUCGGAUUCCCUCCUGCUGCCUGUAAAGAUUAUCCCUGGAGACCUCCGUCCUCCAACAUGGACUCCAACGUGGUGAAGUGGCUCUUCCUCCCUGAUCACCUGACACCACCGAACCCACUCUUCCUCCUCUAUGACUUCUUGCUCCUCCUCGGCGCCUCCUUGCAGCUGCAGGUCUUUGAGGAGGAGCUUCAGCCAUCCGUUCAGAUCCUCGCUGGAGACAACUGUGAGCUGGAUGGAGAUGAUGGACAGGUCUCUGAUCCAGUCAGACGACUCCGCCUCAACACAGUCCCUGAUUUCAUGAUGUGCAGGUCUUACCUGGACAUGAUGAAGGUGAUCAUUUUCAGCUACAUGUUCUGGUUCGUUCUCACCAUCAUCUUUAUCACCGGGACCACCAGGAUCAGUAUCUUCUGUAUGGGUUACCUGGUGGCCUGCUUCUACUUCCUGUUGGUGGGCGGAGACCUGCUGCUGAAACCAGUCAGAUCCAUCCUGGUGUACUGGGACUGUCUGAUUGGCUACAACGUGUUCGUCAUCACCAUGAAGAAUAUUCUGUCCAUCCUGGCCUGUGGUUUCAUUAAGUCACUGGUGUUGAAUCACUGUUGGCUGAUUCAGCUCUUCAGUUUGGCCUGCACCAUCAAAGGUUACACUAAACCGGAGCAGCAGAGCAGUAAACAGUGUGAGUUGCCGAGCGACGAGGCAGGGAUCAUCUGGGACGGCGUGUGUUUCUGUUUCCUGUUGUUACAGAGGCGGGUCUUCAGGAGCCACUACUUCCUGUACGUCGUCCUGGACCUGCAAAAUACACAACUACUGGCCUCCAGGGGGGCGGAGCUCUUCGAGGCGUCCACCGUGAAAGCUGUCAGAGCGAGACUGGAGGUGGAGAAGAUGUCGAUGAACCUGCUGAAGAGACAGAUGGAGAGGAUUAAAUCUCGACAGCAGAAGUUCCGCAAAGGAAAAGAGAAACUGCUGAGUUUGACCCAUGACAGCUUCCAUACUGACGGUGAAGAAACCAGGAAGGGCCGGCAGCAGAAGGAGUGGUGGAGACCAUGGGUAAACCACGCCUCCAUGGUGAGGAGUGGUCACUACUACCUGUUUGAGACAGACAGUGAGGAGGAGGAGGAUGACGACGACAGGAAGGAUGAAGAGGGGAAGAAGGAAGAAGAGCUACCUGAAAAAUCAGCCUUCCAGUUUGUGUAUCACGCCUGGAUAACAGACUCCAGAACAGCAAUGAGAGCUCGCAACAACCAGAAAAAGAACUUGUCUGAACGAAGGAGGAACGAGGAGAGAGCAGGACUUCUGGAGGUGAUGGAGGAGACGGAGGAGGAGCGACAGGAGGACGAGGACAAAGAGGAGGGACCAGACACAGUGUUACGUCGGUUCUCCAACACGUUGAGGUUCUGUUGGGUUCUGCUGUCAGCUCUGCUGGACUCUCUGACUGCCUGGCUCAAUGGUCUGUGUCAGGAACACGUCGACAUCUCCACCGUGCUCCGCAUUGAGCGCUGCAUGCUGACGCAUCAGGCCAAACAGGGUCACGCUCCUAGUAGAGAGGCGAUCCACGUUUACUACCAAGAACAGAUGAUGAGAGGCUCCAGAGAGUCAGGCCUGGACUACAGUACCCAUGAGGCUGAGCUGCAGGCCUCAGCAGAGACAGGAAGGAAAGAAGAAGAAGAAGAAGAGGGAGUGAGUCCUUCGACUGAUACAGAAGAAGAAGAAGAUGAAGCCGGAGGUCAAACAGCAGAGAAACCAGAACCAGGAGCAGAUGGUCCAGAUGAACCAGGACCAGUAUCAGGAGGUUCAGGUGAAGAAUUGGGGGGUCCAUCAGCAGACCCAGAAUGCUUUGUGGCUAACACGAGCCAAAGAAGGCGACCCAAACUGUCCAGGAUGGACCGAGUCCGGUCUUCAUCAUCUUCAUCAUCUUCAGAGGGUCAGAGUCACAGGUCAGCCAGCUCAAACAGUGGUGAAGAAUCAAACCAGCGACUUCCUGUCGACCCUCACACCUUCACCAGCGCCUCCUCCCCCACCUCCCCUUCCUCCGUCCUCCUCCCACCGUCCUACAGUCUCGCUCUGGGCCUGGACCAGCACCAGGAGGCGGAGUCAAAUUUUAGGAGGCAGACUCCGCUGGAGAGGAGAGACUUCCUGUCUGACUCGGCCUCGACUUCCUGUCCACUGGCGUCUCACACUCAGGAGCUGACGGCCAGUGAGCUGCUGAGGAACAGGACUUUCUAUGAUGAGGAGCUGGAGUCAUCAGACCAUUUCUACGGCAACCAACACCAGCUGCUCCAGUUGUGCUAUGCCCUCUACAACAUCCUAGCAGCCAGGUCGGAGACGGUGUGUUACCUGGUCAUCGUGUUGAACCACAUGGUGUCUGCCAGCUGUCUGACGCUGGUCCUUCCUGUUCUGGUGUUCCUCUGGGCCACGCUGUCCGUCCCCCGACCUAGUAAGACAUUCUGGAUGACGGCCAUCAUCUACACCGAGGUCACCAUUGUCAUCAAGUACUUCUUCCAGUUUGGUUUCUUUCCAUUCAACCAGAAGUUGGAGGUGGAUCGUUCCAAACCGUUUCACCCCCCGAACAUUCUGGGCGUGGAAAAGAAGGAGGCCUACGUUCUGUACGACCUGCUGCAGCUGCUUGCUUUGUUCUACCACCGAGCUAUACUCAAGUGCCAUGGACUUUGGGACCAGACUGUUACCAUGGAGACUGACACUCUCCAUCAUCAUCACGACCAGGCCGACUCCACCCAAGGUGUUACUUCCAUCGAUCAGGCUGACCCCGUCAACACGCUCCGCCAACGAGGCAGGAGAAGGACACGUUCUAGCUCCACCCAGCUGCGUUCUCCAGCAGGCAGUGACAGCUCCAGAGCUCAGCAGCCCAGCAGGUUUGAUCUGCUGCUUGAGAAACUCAGAGAACUUUCCAUCCGAGCUAAGACGUUCUCUGUUAGCAGGUGCAUGUCUCUCUACCGUCCGGUCCUUCAGUUCUUCAGAGCUCUCAUCCAACCAGAAUACAGUGCUGUGACCGAUGUUUACGUCCUCAUGUUCCUCGCUGACACCGUCGACUUCAUCAUCAUCGUCUUUGGCUUCUGGGCAUUUGGGAAACACUCUGCAGCUGCUGACAUCACUUCCUCCCUGUCAGAAGACCAAGUUCCAGAAGCUUUCUUAGUGAUGGUUCUGAUCCAGUUUGGCACCAUGGUGAUAGACAGAGCUCUGUAUUUGAGGAAGACAGUUUUAGGGAAGUUGGUCUUCCAGGUGAUUUUGGUUUUUGGGAUUCACUUCUGGAUGUUCUUCAUCCUGCCGACUGUCACGGAGAGGCGUUUCAAUCAGAACCUGGUGGCUCAGCUCUGGUAUUUUGUAAAGUGCGUUUACUUCGGUCUGUCGGCCUAUCAGAUUCGAUCCGGGUAUCCGACACGAGUUCUGGGAAACUUCCUGACAAAGAGCUACAACUACUUGAACCUCUUCCUGUUCCAGGGCUUCCGUCUGGUUCCCUUCCUGACGGAGCUGAGGGCGGUGAUGGACUGGGUGUGGACAGACACUACUCUGUCUCUGUCCUCCUGGAUCUGUGUGGAGGACGUGUACGCCCACUGCUUUGUCUUAAAGUGCUGGAGGGAGUCUGAGAAGAGGUACCCUCAGCCUCGUGGUCAGAAGAAGAAGCGGGUGGUGAAGUACGGGAUGGGCGGACUCAUUGUUCUGCUGCUCAUCUGUAUCGUCUGGUUUCCGCUACUCUUCAUGUCGCUCAUUAAAUCUGUCGCCGGAGUCGUCAACCGACCGCUCGACGUCUCCCUGACCAUCACACUGGGAGGCUUCCAGCCAAUCUUCACAAUGAGCGCUCAGCAGAAUCAGCUCAAAGAUCUGACUGAGAAGGACUUCAGCUCCUUCACCAGCUCCUACAGCUACACUCCUAGUGCCCUGCAGUUCCUGGAGGCGUAUGGUCGUGAGGAUGUGACAGUGGCAGAGCUGCAGGGCAGCAGUAAUUCUCUGUGGACCAUCAGUCCUCCCAGCAGGCAGUACCUGAGCCAGGUGCUCAACCUGGACCACUUCCCCCUGACUGUGUCCUGGACUGUUCAGAGGAACUUGAGUCUGGGGGCAAAGGUGGAGCUUGCUUCAGGUAAACAUGUGACCUACCUGGAUGAUCAGACUCGUCUUGAGCUCAUCCAGCUGCUGAAUGGAACCAGGACACUUCCUGUGGUGAUACAAGGAGUGUUUCCAUGUUUCAUUCGAGCUCCAAGCGAUUCCAAUGCGAAACCAAUCGAGCAGCUUUACACAGACGACCGCUACAAGGACAUCUUGUUGGCCCUGGAACGGUCGACCAAUCAGAGCCAAGAGAUCCAGGAGUGGUGGAUUGUUGACCAACCGGCUGCCAGCCUGGUGCCUCUGGGGGACGAGGCUUCAGUGACUGGCAGGAGGGAGGCGGGGCUUCAACUGUUUGUGUUCAGCGAUAAAGUCAGUCCUCCGAGUCUGGGCUUCCUGGCUGGAUACGGCAUCAUGGGAUUGUAUGCCUCAGUGGUGCUAGUGAUCGGGAAGUUUGUUCGAGAGUUCUUCAGCGGGAUCAGUCACUCCAUCAUGUUCGAGGAGCUGCCAUGUGUUGACCGCAUCCUUAAACUCUGCACCGACAUAUUCCUGGUGAGAGAGACAGGUGAGCUGGAGCUGGAGGAGGAGCUUUACGCCAAACUGAUCUUCCUCUAUCGAUCACCAGAGACGCUGAUCAAAUGGACACGGCGCUGACCUCAUCGAUUAAUACAGUAUUGAUUAUACCUGCUGUGACAUCACAGACUGUGACAUCAUCACUCAUCUGUGAACUAGAUGUGGUGGUUCCUUUAACGUUCUUUAAAUGUUAUACAGAGCAUGUUCUCCAGAUGAAGGAACUAUCAGUGAUGGUAGGUAAAGAACCAUGCAGACUCUUAUUUUGAAGGUUUUAAGAAACAGAAAAAUUAGAAGAACGUUACCUGUUUGAUGCAUGACCAAUAGGAGAGGCGGAGCCAACCUUGUCAUAAGACCUCAACUGAUCCGAGGACAGUGCUACACCACAGAAAGUGUUAUGGGAAUAUGAUAUUAGUAUUAGUUAUUGAUUAUCAGUCACUGCAGGGAUAUGAGACAUCCUGGAAAACCUGGAAUUCUUUUUAAUGCAGCUCCUGUUAAAGCCGUGGAAAACAAAGAGUUCCUGGAAAAGUUUGUUGUGUUUUGUGAACGUACCUUUGAACAGGCAGCAAUGAUGAUUGGUGAGGACCAAUCAGUGAUGCAAAGUAAAGUGAAGCCAAAGUUCGAACCAUAUGAUUGGAUAUUGCUGCUGUCACUCCCACAUUGAUUGACAGAUGUAUUAAUACAGAAACAAAGACAAUAAAUGUGUGUUCUUAAUGUUUUCCAGGACCUUUGCAAUGACUUUGUGUUCAGGAACAGUCCUGCACAGCCACACAGCUGUUUCACUUUUAAUUUUUAAUGUUCCACUGUAGCAUCAUGUUCCACUUUACCUUCAUGUUCCACUGUAGCUUCAUGUUCCACUUUACCUUCAUGUUAUACUGUAGCUUCAUGUUCCACUGUAGCUUCAUCUUCUACUGUAGCAUCAUGUUCCACUUUAGCUUCAUGUUCCACUGUAGCUUCAUGUUCCACUUUAGCUUCAUGUUCCACUGUAGCGUCAUGUUCCACUGUAGCUUCAUGUUCCACUGUAGCUUCAUGUUUUACUUUAGCUUCAUGUUCCACUUUAGCUUCAUGUUCCACUGUAGCUUCAUGUUCCACUUUAGCUUCAUGUUCUACUGUAGCUUCAUGUUCUACUGUAGCAUCAUGUUCCACUGUAGCUUCAUGUUCUACUGUAGCUUCAUGUUCUACUUUAGCUUCAUGUUCCAACUGUA